AUGCUGGUGGUGCUGGCCGAAGGCCGUUUGACCGACGCCUGUUUGGUGCACUUUGUCGAGGAAGAUACACCGGCGUUUGAGCUCUUUUGCAAGGCCAACCCCGCCUCCCCGGCCCCCAAUCGGCUUCUGCGCGUUCACAUUUUUCCCCCAUCCCGUCAUGGCUUCCAGCCCUUAGUCCUCCAGGCCGACCUUUUAACCCCCGCCAGGCUCAUCGAGGCGGUGCGGAUCUUCCACCACGCCGGGCCUCCGAUUAUCUCAGGCGUGAAGGACCGCAUGAUGGAGGAGAUUCCCGCCAUGAAUCGGGAGGCUCUGCGCGCACAGGAACAGCAAAAACGCGAGCGCGGCUUGCCGGGGCGAUCCCCUUUGUUGGCGACUUCCGCGAGCGCCUCGAAAGAGGAUUUUCCCUCUCAAAAAGCCGACGCGUCCUCUAAUUCGGGCCUUAAACCGGAGGGAUUGUCUUCUGGGGAUGUGGGGAUUAAAAUGGUGGAUGGGAUGCACCGCGUUCACAUCGAAGGCCUCCCGGAAGGGCGAAAGAAAAUGAUGUUGACGUCCCCUAGCAUGACGCUGCGCACGGUAUGGCUGGACGUCUCGCGGCAGGUGGAGGCGGCGGCGGCGAAGGAACCGUGGGAUAAACCCGGCCCCGAAGCCACGGCGCGCUUUGCCUUCCCAAGCGGUAAAGCCCCGAAAUUUUACCUGCGAAUAAAUUCAACCUCGGAGAGCACGAUGGAGGUGCAUACUAUCGAGGACGCCAGUAAAAUCACCCUGCAGGACUUUCCAAGUGGGACCCGAAUUGGGGUGCACUAUGUCGAGACCGCGGCCUCGUGCGAAGACGAGAAUGGAAAAAAUAAAAAACUCCCCGUCAACCCAAAUUCCAAGCAUGAUGGUGAGCUCAACGAAGAAAAGGCUACUUCGGUAAUGAUCUGUGAUAGCGCCAAAUGCUGUCGUGUGGCCUUUCCCCAGAAAGAAACGCAGCUGAAGGUGCCGCGAACGGAAGAAACCCCCUCGCAAGCCGCAGUGAGGGUGGAUUCCCCAGGGGAUUUCAGAAAAAGUAACGAACCCGACGACGCGAAAAACGCGACCUCGUCUGCGGGGGGAGGGGGGUGGAUUGAUAUUCGCUGUACUCUCCCCGAUGGGCGAACAACGACGAUCCCCGGGCUGAACCCCAACGAGGACACGUUAAAAACAUCGGUGCGGCCGGUGAUUGCGCAGGCGCUCGGGCAUGCCGAUUUCCUUUUCGCCAGGCCCUACCCCCCGAAACGCUUUAGUCUUGACGAGGAUGAACAUCGCCCGCUUUCGCAAAUCGAAUUGAGGGUUUCCUCGACUUUGCGGGUGAUCCCAAACUCAGCAGGGUCGGGCUCCCGGCCCGCACAGGCGAAAGACCCCAAACAAGCCUCGCCGACCCUCAUUCACCCACGCGUGGUGGCGGCCUCGAGUGAAUUAUUUAAUCGAUUUUCGCGUUUAUUUCCACUGGGCGGCCGCGCCAAUCCGCCCCCCCCUUCACGAGAACCCUCUCACCGACCCCAAUCCGGCGCCCCGGGGGGAUUUCAAAGUAUGCGCCAUAUCCGCGAGGCCGAAGAGGAAAAAGAACGUCAAAUGGCCCUCGAAAUGCUUCAGAUGGAGCAGCGCGCGCGGCGGAUGGGAUUUUCCCCCUCAGAGGACCCCAAAACGAUGGAUGAGCCGAAGAAAAAAAAACCCAAUCACUACUUCGGGGGCGACUCCACCGAGUUGAUAGCCCCACCAAUGAAUGAGGACCGCGGCUCUGGGGGAAAUGGAAACGAGGAAACGCCGCACAACAGUGGGAGUCCGCAAGCAAACCCGGGAAUGCACAUCCCAUUCUCCGGCACCGGGCGCCGAUUAGCAGAUGAAUCCUCAGUGCAAGAAUCAGGUGACCCAAAAUCGGAUGAAUCCGAUUUUAAAAAAUCUUAG